GAUUUGAUCUGUGCCGUCGUCAAUGAUUUACCGCAGCGUUUUGGAGCCUGGUGAGCCCUGUGCUUCAUCUAGCAGUGCUUGCCCCACGGCAUCCUGAAACCUAAAGCUUUUGUUUGCAGCUAAUCUAUAGCAAACAUUUACAUAUGGGAAAACAAUGCGGUGGAGCCUGUGUCAGCUUUCUUCUCUGAUUCUCUCUAUAUGCUCACUGUCUUUAACGGCACGUCGGGCCACGGCUACAGCACGCAGGGAGCUGGAGACGUUGCCUUCCCAGAGAAGAAGCAGCAGAGAUGUUAAUUCUCCAGCUCCUGUCGACUGUCAGCUGAGCCAGUGGUCAGAAUGGACUGAUUGCUUUCCUUGCCAAGAGAAAAAACACCGGUACCGGAGGCUGGUGCAGCCGGCGGAGUUCGCGGGGCAGCGAUGCGUGGGGCAUCUCUGGGGCGAGCAAGCUUGCCGUGCCGAGGUGACAUGCACCGGACCCCCCAGCUGCGGGAAGGACUUUCAGUGUGAGGAAACAGGUCGCUGUGUUAAACGGCAUCUUGUGUGCAAUGGAGAGCAAGACUGCAGAGAUGGGUCUGAUGAGGCUAACUGUGGGGAUGAAGAUAUUGAAAGCCCUUGUGAACAACUGUUUCCAAUCCCAGGGUCUGAAAAAGCAGCCCAAGGAUACAAUAUCCUAACGCAGGAAGAGAGCCGGUACAUAUAUGAUCCUAAUUUUUUUGGAGGCCACUGUGAGUAUGUCUACAACGGAGAGUGGCGGGAGCUGAAGUAUGACGCUGCAUGUGAACAUCUGUACUACGGAGAUGACGAGAAGUAUUUCCGCAAACCUUACAAUUUUCACAUAUACCAAUUCCUAGCUCGUGCUGAUUCUGGGUUCGCUUUUGAGUUUUACGAUGAUUCAAAGGAUCUGCUCGAUGCCCUUAAAAGUGAUAAAACCAGAACAAAAGGCUUUACCAUUGGAAUUGGGCCUGCAGAAUCAUCUUUCCAGUUAGACCUGGGCUUCACUUUAUCAGGUGGCAAAGGAUCCCUGAAGAAUUUCACGCAGUACACUGCAAAGGAGGUUGGAUUCAUUAGAGGUGUGACGAAGGUGCAGACAGCCCGUUUCAAGAUGAGGAGGGACAACAUCGUUUUGGAUGAAGAUGUGUUGCUCUCCCUGCAGGAGCUUCCGGACACCUACAACUACGGCAUGUAUGCCAAAUUCAUCAAUGACUAUGGCACCCAUUUCAUGACAUCUGGCACCAUGGGAGGUGUCUUUGAGUACAUCCUUGUCAUUAACAAGGAGGAAAUGAGAAGAAAAGACAUCAGCGCUGAAGAGAUAAGUGCCUGCGUUGGCCAGUCAAUUGGCCUUACAGUCAGCGAGAAUAAACUGCAUUUGGAAGCGUCUCUAUCAUCCUCUGACUGUGCAAAGAAAGGAUUUCUGAAAACUGAUGAUGAGAGCAACAGUGCAGUUGUGGAAGAUAUUAUUCCCCGGAUUAGAGGUGGAGAUACCAGUUACAGCGGAGGGCUCUUAAACAGUUGGGAUGGCAAUAUGUAUCGUCACUGGGGAAGGUCAUUAAAAUAUAAUCCUGCUGUUAUUGAUUUUGAGCUGCAGCCCAUCCACGAAAUUCUCCGCAGAAGCAACCUUGGCGACAUGGAAACCAAACGGCAAAACCUGAAACGGGCUUUGGACGAUUACUUGCUGGAGUUCAAUGCCUGCCGCUGCAGACCGUGCCAGCACAAUGGAGAACCCAUUUUGGUGGGAGACACGUGUUUCUGUCAGUGUCGACCAGGUUACGGAGGCCCUGCCUGUGAGCAGACUAGCCGCAGAGCAUUUGCAGGCGGAGAGACGAACGGGCGCUGGAGCUGCUGGUCACGCUGGGGUCCCUGCCAGUCGGGCACAGCGCGGCGCAGCCGGCAGUGCAACAACCCGGCCCCCCAGGGCGGCGGGGAGCCCUGUGCGGGGAGGGACCUGCAGAGCAAAGCCUGCUGAAAACCCACGGGGCGGCAUCGCUCCCCACGGGUCGAGAGCAGUUUGGAGUCUGUGCUGGGCUAUAAAUACUCCGGGCAUAAUCCUGCAACGGAGUUACACUGCAGAGAAACCAUUGCAAAGUAUUGCAUUUCUGUACUUACGGAGACGUGCUGGAUUCGCUGUAUAAAACGAGAUGGAUUGCUCCGGCUGAUUGAACCCGUGCCUGGCUGCCCCCUCGCACCACGAGAUGUGACGGGAGCCCCACCAGUUCACCAUGGCACGGCUCUGAUACAGGACAUGGUGGAGCAUCCACACGGGUGGUUUUGCUGCUGGGUGACCGUGGGGCUGUAACAUGUCAUGAAAUAAAUUUACUGAAAGUGUUUACAUAAGUAA